AACGAAAGUCAGAAAGUAGAUUUGUUGUGAAAAUUUUGUGCUUAACAAUUGUUUGAUAAAACUAUGAAUCCAAAUAUGAAUAUGAUGCAAAUGGCGGGGCCACCAAUGAUGCAGGUGAUGCAGUCAUCCCCGCAACCCAUGAUGCCCGCCGGUCCGGUACCAAUGCAACAGCAACACCAGCACCAGCAGCAGCAGCAGCAACAACAACAGCAACAGCAACAACAGGCAGAAAAACUAGACAACAUAUCAAGAGUAAAGAGUCUUUUAGGACUUUUGCGUGAAUCAAUGUUCCUGACCAUCAGAUCAAGUGCGUUCACGCUGCAGCAGAAUAAUUUGGCGGAUAAUCUGAAGCGAGAUACAGCUGGCCAUGGUCAUGUGCCACGAUUUGAUAAACACUUGGAAGAUUUUUAUGCUUGCUGCGAUCAAAUGGAACUGCAUCUAAAAACAGCCAUUCAGUGCAUGCAGCAGCUAACAUCUUCGCAGCAUUACUUGCCUGGCGCUGUAACUGCAAUGCGCAUGGAAAACUUUAUGCAAGACAACCCAAAUGGACCCAUACCGUAUCCCACUUUUUUGAAUACAGUGCGCGUGCAUGUGCAGUCAGCUAAAGAUAUUCAUGAUACUUUGAUUAGUGCAGCGCAAAAUAUUUCUCAGGCUGAUUGAUAGUUGUAGCAGUUUUAAGUUGAAUUUAGCUAGUUGUAAGUACUGUAUAAUUUGUAGUUUAAGUUUAUAAGCGCUCUAAAUAAAA